CAUCACCAGUGUGGACAUAUAAUGCUGAAGUUCUGGCAACAUAUAAGCAGAGGAAAUGUCUCUUCCACUGCUUCAAUGAAACUAGCAGAAAAUCAUGCAAUCUAGAACACUUUGCUUUGACAUUUCCUGAACCACCCAUACCAGGUAGGAAAGAGAGAUCAAGACGUUCAGAAUUAGAAAUCGCAGUUCAUGCUCCAUCUAGACAUCCUUAUUAUUCCCAAAUCCAUACUAUAGAGGCAGGAAUUAAGUUCUCAAAUGAUAAAAAAGCAGCUUUGAAGAAAGACUCCAAGAAAAAAACAAAUCCACAUGUGACAAAUCCAGAAUCCAAAAAAAUAGUAAAAAAUGAUAAACCUCAAAGAAUAAAUAAAGGAGAUAAAAUUCCAUCAGAAUCAUUAAAGGAAAGUGAACAGAUUAAGAAGUCAAAGUCCGAAUCAAAAACAAUUCCAGUAUCCAAAGAUUCUAAGAUGGCGUCAAACACUGUUUCAAAAUAUAAAACAAAUUCUGAGAAUUCCAAGGAGUCAAAUACAGAUUCCAUAUGUAGAAAGAACAAUAUCAAUAAAGAUUCUAAGACCUCUAAGAAAAAUUCUGAUAUCCAAUCAGAGACUUAUUCAAUAAAUAGUUCAAAUGUCAGUUUAAUGAUGUAUUUAGAAGAGUCUGUUGCUGAAUCCAUGGAUUUUGACAUAUGGUUAAAGAAUUACUCACACAACAACGUGAAGAAGCCUGCAAAGAAAGACACAAAGAAGAGCUCAGAUGAUGCAUCUGGAGACUCAAAGAAAGGUGCAAAGAAGGAUCAGAAACCUUCAAAGAAAAAUGACAAGAAAAAAGAUGCAAAAAAGGACACAGAAUCUACUGAUGCUGAAUCUGGAGACUCAAAGGAUACAAAAAAGGAUACAAAAAAAGAUAAGAAAGCUUCAAAGAAAGAUAGCAAGAAGAAAGAUAAAAAAAACAGCACUGUUCCUGCUGAUUCUGAAUCUGAAUUAGAGUCAAAGAAGGGUAAGAAAGAUGACCAAAAAGAAAAGAAAGAUUCAAAAAACAAAUCCAUCAAGAAAGACGCAGUUUCUUCUGGUCCUGAGUCUGCAUCUGAAGGAGAUUCAAAAAAGGGUAAGAAAGCUGACAAAAGAAAGGAUGCAAAAAAGACUGCAGAGUCUGCUGAAAGUGAGUCUGACUUGGGGUCAAAGAAGGGUAAGAAGGAAUCAAAGAAGGAGAAUAAAGGUUUAAUGGAAGAGGCCAAACAGGAACCAAAGAAGGACACAGAAUCUACUGAUGCUGAAUCUGAAACGUCACUAAAUAAAGCUCAAGCAAAAAAGAGAUUUGAUGAUUCAGAUGCCAGAUCUACAGAUUCAAAGAAGGGAGUAUAUGAAAUAAAGACAGGACUUAGAAUGCCAUCUAAAAAUAUGACUUUCAGUGAAAAAGGAGAAAAAUCAAGUACAAGUAGAGUUCCUCCAUCAAGAGAAAGUCCACCACUCCCUCCUUGUGAAGCUUUUCUACCAUUACCUAGGAUCAAAUUUCUCUGUCAGUGCAGAAUGCCACCUCCACCUCCAAAACCAAGAUAUGCUCCUUUGCCUGAAGUGGAGUGGAUUCAUAAGCUGCUUUAAAGAACAACUGAGCCCUUGAUUUCGCAGAAUGGCCUUACCACAGAUAGCACUAGCUACUACUCUAACAUGAGCAUACCUACUUCUGUGGAACUGUAAUAAAUAAAAACAAGUCUUCCAUGAGUA